AUGGCGGAAUCUGCGAAGCGAACAGGGGGCCGCAGGAUAGCUGCAUGGGCGACGGGAUGGAAGAAGUUGCGCCAGAAAGUCAAAAAGUCAACUCCGCCGAUGACUCAAGCGCCAUCCCACAACACCGACGCCGCCAGCCCACCUCACGACAAAGCGAAUGGAAGAGCGAAGGGAGAUUUGUUCAAAAUGUCAGUUCCUCCUCAGGAAAUCGCAACUUCGCGCCCACUCUCUUCCGACCCCGCGCAACCACAACCACCCUUGAAACCAAGCGAGUCAUCCGUGACGGAGUCUGCUACGCUCGCCACGACCACGAGCACCGCUCCAGCGCCAACAAUGAACAGUGGGACCCAGGAGAAUGAGACAGGGAUAAAACAAAACAUGGACAAGCCUAGCCAGCCAGAGAGUGAGCCAAAACUGUCUAAUGCAGAGUUGAAAAAGAGAGCCAAAGCCGAGAAGGCUGCGAGACGCGCAAAGGAGAAGCAGGAGAGAGAACAGCAGGCUGGGGCGGGUGGCGGCGGGGCUCCGGAUUUACAGGCGGGUCAACAAGCUGGAGGCGCGAAGAAAGGAGGUGCUGGAAAGCAGGAUAGCAAGCAAUCGCAGAAGAAGGGAGAUGCGAAAGGUGGCCUGAAACAGAGUGGGACGGUUGCCGCCAAACAGAUCAGCGUCCAACGCCGAGGAUCGAUCCAUAUUCCUGCUGCAGAGGCGAAAAAGAAGAAGAAGACCGAUGAUGAGAAUACUGUUGCUGUAUUUGGCCACCUACCAUGGCAUUCGCGGCGCGCUGGAAUCGCCGGAGUGGGCAAGGAGAUUCACCCCGCAGUUGUGGCACUUGGGAUGCAGUUACGGGAUUAUGUGAUCUGCGGAAGUAGCGCAAGAUGCGUUGCGACGUUAUUAGCUCUCAAACGGGUUGUCCAAGCCUAUAUCACUCCCGUUGGGACGUCCCUUUCUCGCCAUUUGACUACGUAUCUCUCCCAUCAGAUCAACUACCUUACCACUUGUCGGCCUCUUUCAAUCAGCCAGGGGAAUGCCAUCCGCGCGCUAAAACUUGAAAUUACAACUAUAGACCCAAGUGACUCGGAAGAUGAUGCGAAGCAUAAAAUUUAUGAUUUUAUUGACAAUUAUAUCUGCGAAAAAUACACCGUCGCCUCUCAAGUAAUUGCCAAUAGCGCUGCGGAAAAGAUUAAAGAUGGAGACGUUAUUCUUUGCUACGCGAGCAGCAGCGUUGUUCAAAAGGCCUUACUUACCGCCCAUGCACAAGAAAAGAAAUUCCGUGUCUCUAUCAUUGAUAGUCGGCCACUGUUUGAGGGAAAGAAUCUGGCACGUACACUUUCCAAGGCAGGUGUCGAAGUUCAAUAUUCCCUCAUCAAUGGGAUCACCUAUGCUAUAAGAGAAGCAACGAAAGUAUUUCUAGGAGCCCACGCUAUGACCAGCAAUGGAUGCCUUUUUUCAAGAGUUGGUACUGCACUUGUUGCCAUGUCGGCGAAGGAGAGAGCCGGAGGCAUCAAUAUUCCAGUUAUUGUAUGCUGCGAGACUGCUAAGUUCACCGAUCGCGUCGCCCUCGAUAGUAUCGUUGUCAAUGAAAUUGCAGAUGCAGACGAGCUCGUAGCCAUCGAACCCUCUGAGCAAGUCACACAGCUGUCGCCCCCAGCACCUGCUCCAGCGAGCAAAGGGGCAUCCAAAACUUCCGUUGCUAAUGCGGAAAUCAGCUCGCUAGCCGCAUCCCUAGACGGAGCCACACCUGUCAUCGAUCCAGAUAGUCCGCUUCAGAAUUGGCGGGAAAUGAAGAAUCUUCAACUGCUGAGCAUCAUGCAUGAUGUCACUCCAGCACAGUACAUUGACAUGGUUAUCACGGAGAUGGGAAGUUUACCACCGAGUGCGGUACCAAUUGUACAUCGGAUGAGCACUGAAUCUGAAGGUCAGUAUUUCUUUGCAUGA